CCUCAUCACUGAUCUCCCUCCAUCCCUCCAAUCCUCAUCUGUUCCUCAUAGGAGCAGUGGAGAGAGUGAGUGACGGAGGAAUAUCCAACUGUGCGUGAUACCAAAAGUGAAUGAGCGGGAGAAAGUGUACAGGCAGGCUGAACUUAUGACAACGACCAGAGGGAGACCGCUUGAGGAAGAGUGAUUAAAGAUCUAACAAAACACCUUGAGAGGAGUCUCCUAAUUGAGUCACUCCCUCCUUCCUUCACUCCCUUCCUCUCCUUUUCCCUUCAAACAAAUUAGAGGCAAAUCCACUUGGUCAUGUGUUUUGACAGAGACUCUCAUGCAAAUAGUGAAACAGAGAGAGAGAGAGAGAGAUAGAUUGCUGUAGGGACGCAUUCGAUAACAUCAACGCAAGUAUUCCCUCCUAUCAGUCUUUAAGGAUUAUCAGUUUUCCUGCCAUAUCUCCCUGUCUCCAUUGGUGACAGUGCCUAACAACCAUCGCCAUGGGUGAAAUGGAGGAAUUGCGAAAGGAGGUGGAGAGUCUCAAAGACCAGAUCACUGCAGCUCGUAAGACGGUGCAAGACACCACACUGCAAGAGGCAGCCGCUGGGAUCACUGUGGUGGGGCGUGUCCAGUUGAAGACCAGGAAAACACUAAGGGGUCACCUUGCCAAGAUCUACGCUAUGCACUGGGGCGCUGACUCCACGCUGUGUGUCAGUGCCUCACAAGAUGGAAAACUCAUAGUGUGGGACAGCAUUACAACCAACAAGGUGAAUGCCAUCCCUCUCAAGUCAUCGUGGGUGAUGACUUGUGCCUAUGCACCUUCGGGGAACCUAGUGGCUUGUGGCGGUCUGGACAACAUGUGCUCCAUCUACAACCUCAAGGGCAAGGACGGAAACGUCAAAGUCAUGCGUGAGCUGGCUGCACACACAGGCUACCUGUCCUGCUGUCGUUUCCUCAGCGACAGUGAGAUUAUCACCAGCUCUGGAGACUGCACCUGUGUACUAUGGGACAUUGAGACAGGGACCCAAAAGACUGUCUUUGCAGGGCACCAGGGAGACUGCAUGUCCCUGGCUGUGUCCCCAGACUUCAAGUUUUUCAUCUCAGGGGCGUGCGACUUCACGGCCAAGCUGUGGGACAUCAGGGAGGCCCAAUGCAGACAGACCUUUGGAGGCCAUGAGAGUGACAUCAACGCAAUUGGGUUCUUCCCGAAUGGUAACGCAGUGAUAACAGGGUCGGAUGACGCCACCUGUAAGCUGUACGACCUGCGAGCUGACCAGGAACUCAUCACCUACCAGGACUCCAGCAUCAUGUGCGGGGUGACCUCCCUGGCCCCCUCCAAGUCAGGACGCCUGUUACUGGCUGGCUACGACGACUUUAACGUCAACAUCUGGGACACACUGAAAUCUGAGAGAGUGGGAGUGCUGGCUGGUCACGACAACAGAGUGAGCUGUAUCGGAGUGUCCUCAGAUGGGAUGGCAUGUUGCACAGGAUCCUGGGACAGUUUCCUCAAGAUAUGGAACUGAGGCUGUUCCUCACCAGUGAGCAGAAAGAGAGCAGUUAACAUAUGCCUGGGUAAAAGUGAAGAAGAUAAAAAAGAAAUUGUUGUUUGAGGGAGGGGUUGAGGGACGCGGAGCCGCAUAGGGUGAGAAGAGGGUAUUUUAAUUGUGCCAAGUCCUAUCUAAUGUUGGAGAGGGGUUGUAAUGUGAAGAUUUUCUCCUCUCACAUUUCUUCUUACGUUACGGGGAAAAUUAGGGGUGGGACAAGGGGCGGGGGUCUCAGUAAAAGUUCAUUCCUCUUAAUAGUUUCUUAUAUUGCGGUUAAAAUAAUGAUGUGCACAUUUAUCGCAGCACUUCAGAGGUAACCCAAUGAGAACAGUUGCCAAAUGAAAAUGGUAGCACACUGGAUGAAAUAGAGAUGAAUACAUGUCAAGUUAAAGCCUGUGUAGGUUCACACUAGCUAUACUAAUAUGCUGUUUUAUAUCAAAGCAUAAGUUAUGUCAUAUAAAUAAUAUGAGCGUUUGAUUUUUUGUUUGACUGUUUGUUCUUAGUUUUGGUAGAUUCCCUAGAUGCGUUCAUUGACUUUCUUUUCAUUUUCUAACUUUAAUUGAAAUGGAGUUCUAGUUUGCAGAUGUACAUUAGUGUUUGAGUUGCUGUGUGUGAUUGAUGGACAAUAUUUUACUAGGAUUUGGGGUCCCAUAAUUUGGCCAACACCCCCCCCCCCUCUGUAGCUAGACCUGAAAAGUGCUUUGGGUAAACUGUUGAACUGACAGAUGGGAUAAUAAAAUGGGUUUCAUGGUUCACUAAGCACUUACAAAAAAUAGAUGACCCUGUUUGUCUCAGGACAGGAGGACUUUUUGUAUAAAUGUUACAUGGAUGAUAACAGCUAUUGUGUGCAUAUGAGCAAUACAUCUGAAUCUGUGUGAACGUGUACUUUUUCCUCUGCAUGGUACAAGAUAAACUUCAAGCACAGUUUAUGUACAUACAGAAAACAAAUGUCUAAGUUUGCAAUGCAAUUUGGACUGCCUCUUUUCCAACACUGGAGACACACUGCAAAGUAAAGCAAUACUGUUUUUAAAGUCUAAUAAACAUGGGACUCUGCAUUACA